CCAUCUGGAGAUCGCCCGGAGUCCGUGGUCCGUCAGUCGUCCAUUUAUUGUCCGCCAGACAUCCGUGAUAUUUCUAGAAGGUAUAGGGUUCUGCUUGUUAUAUCUACCCUCAAUUGUGGUACUGGGUGUAUAUUUCGACAAACGGAGAGUCUUGGCCACGGGAAUUGCUGUCUGUGGUGCUGGAGUGGGCGGCUUCGUUUUUGCCCCACUGUUCGGGUUUCUCCUGGAAACCUACCUCUGGCGUGGAACCAUAUGGAUUUUAUCAGCGCUUAUUCUGAAUGGUCUCGUUUUCUCUGCCACCUUCCGACCACUAGAAACCGGAAGUGGAAGAAACAUUAGGAACAUUAAAACUAAUAAUAGAUAUGAUUCACACGAGGUAACAGAGAGUUCAGAUGUGUCCGGCCAGCAGUUCUGUGCGCCAUUACGAGCCAUGUUUGACUUUUCUCUUCUAAAAAGUCCCACCAUGCUGCUAUACGGAGCGUCAUGUCUGUUGGUCAUGUUUGGAUUUUACAUUCCAUCAAAUUUCCUUCCUGCCUUGGCUAGUGACGUCAACCUCACGAAUGAAGAGGGAGCCUUUCUCAUUUUACUUAUGGGCGUAUCCAACAGUGUUACACGCGUUGUGAUUGGCUACAUAGCUGACAAAUCAUGGGCCAAUAGCUUGAUAAUAAAUAAUUCUGCUCUGCUGGUUGGUGGAGUGGCCACGUGCUUUGCACCCUUCUACAUGAACUUUACAAAUCUAGCAGUCUACGCUCUCCUUUCUGGUACUGUGAUGGGAAUAUUGUCCGACGUGAGUGGUCAUUACAACCUGGCCUUCUACUUCGGUGGUGUCACUCUAGGACUUGGGGGCUUAGUUUGCCUUCCACUCAGGUGGAUUUCGGAAUGGGAGAAACGGCGGAGCAGCAAUUUCAACAUAUCUGCUACGGAAAGUGUUGACCAACUUGAGAACAAAACCGUGCAACCCCUAUCCAUCAAGGCAAGGUCAUCCGUAUACAUAAUAUCACAAACUUGGCGUCAAAAUGGAUUCAACAUGGAAUAAGGAAAUGUGUUGAAAUACCUGGUUCACAUGUAAUUAUUUAUGAAUUAUGGAUGUCGACCGUUGGUGAAGUCUAUAUUCAACAACCUAUUAGAAUCAAAUAUUAGCCGACGACAACUGGUAUGGAUGUGACUAGUUAUUUUGACGGUUGAUAUUUUCAGUUGCUUUUAAUUUGCUUUUUUUUCUAAGGCAGAGAAAAUCACAUACAAAUAUGAACAUAGUACACAUAACUCAUUGCAUAACAUAGUGCAGAUAACGCAUUCAUUGUGAUGGAACUCCGACAAUUAAAUCCAUUGAACAAAUACACUGUAUAAAUUUCGUUUCCGUUUACUUAGAAUGUUUGUUUUACGUAUCUGAUAUAUAUUUUGUAAUUAAAAUUUUGCAUUAAAUCCUCUUUAAAGAAUGCGACAUAUGGUAGUCACAAUCUACACACCGAAAAGUCGCUUGCAGGUAUUAUGGUAAAUACACAUCUAAUACUUCGGUAUAAUCAUUGGAUAUAGUGUACCUUGGUGUACCUGUUUAAAUAUUUUUCGGCAUAGCCGUAUAAUAUUCUUUUGGCCCCGGAUAUGACGCGACAGGUGGCGUUACUGGUCAAGAUGAAGUACAAUGUAGCGGUAG